ACAUGCACAAAUUUCUUUUUUUUUAAAAAUCUUUUAGAGGUGAAAAACCGAACAAGAUCCGCAAUAAGUCUCUCCGCUAAAGACAAAGUCGUCGUCAAAGACCUUUGGGCCAAGGUCGCUCCAAGGGCUGAUGAAAUUGGCUUCGAGGCACUUGGCAGGCUGUUCGAGGUCUAUCCUCAGACUAAGACCUACUUCUCUCACUGGUCUGAUCUUCAUCCCGGAUCAGCCCAUGUGAAAAAGCACGGAGCCGUAAUUGUAAGAAAAAUCGGAGAAGCCGUGGCCCACAUCGACGAUCUUACCGGAGCUCUAAGCAGAGGUAAGGACCAGACUAUAUAUACGGAUUUGUGUUUCGUUACAUUUAACAGACUCCUGGGCCAGACCUUGAAGGUGAGCAUUGCCUUGUACUUCCCUGGAGAUUUCACCCCCGAGGUUCACGUGUCUUUUGACAAGUUUCUUCAGAACCUGGCCAUUGCUCUGUCUGAGAAGUACCGUUAAAUGAAGUACCUGUUUCAGAAGACGUCAUGUAAAUAACAUCCAUCAAUGUUAUUAACAAUAAACAAAAUUGAACAAUA